ACUGUUUCAUCAUUUUUCAGCCGCGUGAGUCUCAUCUCCCUCGUUUACUCUCUCUAAACCCUAAAACUCAAGCAAAACAAAGCAGAGCAAAACAAUGGCAGAGAGAGGCGGCGGCGGAGAACGUGGAGGCUUCGGGCGCGGGUUCGGUGGGCGAGGGCGAGGCGGCGACCGCGGACGUGGUGGCAGGCGUCGCGCUGGCCGGCGCGAGGAGGAGGAGAAGUGGGUCCCAGUGACGAAGCUAGGCCGUCUGGUGAAAGAGGCGAAGAUCUCCUCCCUGGAGCAGAUCUACCUGCACUCACUCCCGAUCAAGGAGCACCAGAUCAUCGAUGCCCUUGUGGGCCCCAACGUCCUCAAGGAUGAGGUCAUGAAGAUCAUGCCAGUCCAGAAACAGACCCGGGCCGGGCAGAGAACCCGGUUCAAGGCCUUCGUCGUCGUCGGCGACAGCAACGGCCACGUCGGGCUCGGCGUGAAGUGCAGCAAGGAGGUUGCCACUGCGAUACGUGGCGCAAUCAUAUUGGCCAAGCUGUCUGUGAUCCCGGUGAGGAGAGGGUACUGGGGGAACAAGAUCGGGAAGCCCCAUACGGUGCCGUGUAAGGUCACCGGGAAGUGUGGCUCCGUCACUGUACGAAUGGUGCCUGCUCCACGUGGCGCUGGGAUUGUUGCCGCUAGGGUUCCGAAGAAGGUGCUGCAGUUCGCUGGGAUUGAUGAUGUGUUUACUUCGUCCAGGGGCUCCACUAAAACUUUGGGAAAUUUCGUCAAGGCAACUUUUGAUUGUCUGCUGAAAACUUAUGGGUUUUUGACACCGGAAUUCUGGAGGGAGACUCGGUUCACAAAGUCUCCAUUCCAAGAGCACACAGAUCUUCUGGCCAAGCCAACUGGUAAGCUGCUCCUGGAGAAUGUUGAGAGGGUUGAGGCUUGAGGUGCGUGGAAUUCCAGCCAGAGGGAAGAGUUUCCAAACCAAUUUUCUUAGGAACUUAGCUUAUAUUUUGGGGCUGAAGAAAGUAAUAGUAUGGUGUUUCUUUUUGGGUAGUUGACUGUCUUGAGUUUACAAAUAUGUCCAAUUUGUUUUCAUUUAAUUGAAAUCUUCUUAUGCUCGUCUGGAUUCAAAUUGCCGGUGCGAUCUUGUCAAAAAGUGAAAUUUGUAAGGUCUGUUUGGAUCUAUGGAUUUGAUUUGAGGGAUUUGAAUCUGAAGAGCCAAAAUCCAAACCAUAUUAUUUGGGGUAA